AGUCCAGUCCAGUCCAGGGGAUGAUUCUGAUACAUCGAUACAAUCAAGCUAGCAUGGAGAUGGACAUCGGCGAGGGCGAGAGCUGCUGCGGCAGGCGAAAGCAGCAGCAGCAGCAGAAUAUUAGCAGCAGCAAGUCACGCAAGUGCUGCCCGCUGCGGCGGUCGCGGAAGGGGUGCAUGAAGGGGAAGGGCGGGCCGGAGAACCAGCGUUGCCCCUUCCGCGGCGUCCGGCAGCGCACCUGGGGCAAGUGGGUGGCCGAGAUCCGCGAGCCCAACCGCGGCGCCCGCCUCUGGCUCGGCACCUUCAACACCGCCCUCGACGCCGCCCGCGCCUACGACUCCGCCGCCAGGGCCCUCUACGGCGACUGCGCCCGCCUCAACCUACUCCUCGCCGCCGCCACCGCCGGUGCUCCUCCUGCUGCUGCUACCCCUUCCGUGGCCACGCCCUGCAGCACCAACGACGACUCCAACAACUCGUCUUCCACGACGCAUCAGCAGCAGCUGACGACGAUGCUGCAGCUGGACGACGACAACUACACGCUGCAGCCGUCGUCGUCAGAUCAAGAGGACUUCGAGACGUACGUCACGCGGCUACCCAAGGCGGAGGACUUUGGGCUGGAGGGCUUCCAGGAGGUUCCACUCGACGUCCUCGACGAAGCCGGCGGUGGCAUCAGCAUCUGGGACCUCUCCAUCUGCCCCGCCGAUUUCAUGGCCACCGCCGCCACCACCACCGCCAAAUCAUCUUAAUUAUAUAUUCAUAAUAAUAAUAAUAAUAAUAAUAAUAAUAAUAAUUAACGACGACGACGACCUACCUACAUCAUAUAUCUAUCUAUCUAGCGCCCGCGCGCGGCUGCCUAUAUAGAUAUAUGAUGAUCAGCUCCAUCUCUCUCUAAAGUCUAAACAUGCAUGCUUGUCGUCGUCGUCGUCGUCAUCAUCGUCGUUACUUGUAUAUAUACUCCACUACUUAGUACUAACUACUAUAAUUAGCUCUAGCGUACUGCUACUUUUAUACGGCAUGCAAGCGGCCGACAUCCUGAUCGAUCAACUGUGAGCAUGCUGUAUGCAUCGAUCGAUCUUAAUUAGUUAGGCGAGCUGUGCUUGCUUAUCGAUCUUAAUUAUAUCAUCCGAUCCCAUAUUAUAUAAGUAAUACUAAUUAAUACUAUAUAUAUUAUGUAUAUAUUUGUGCUAUAGCUAUAGCUAGCGCGCUAUAUAGUCGUGUGUUGAGAUAUGAUGCAGCUAUAUAUAUCAGCCCACUCGCGAGGCGCAGCACUAGUGUUUAAUCUAAUUAUUAGCUUGGUACCUAGUACUACAUGAUUAAUAAGCUACUAUUAAUUGUACUAUAUGGGUUUGGUUCUAGCUAGCUAGUCGUAGUACUGUACAGCGCCAUGUGUAUAUACUCUACUAAUUUAAUUAGUAGUAAUUAAUAAAAAUGUGUCAAAUUAAAUAAAUUGGGAUAUAUUCCACGAUCGAUAUAUCGAUCCACCAGUUAAUUUUCUUUCAGUGAAUUUCUUUCAGUGAAUUAUGAU